AGAGCAGGAAAGAUGACUGAAUCACCACCGAGAUCGCGCAUGCGCGCUUACUCGAACAGCUCAUCAAAUCCCUCGCUUUCCCCCUCCCGUGAGAGGCCCGACGGCCCGGCUUCUAUGACUCCCCAAGAUAGGGAGAGGCAGCUCGCAGAAGAGCUGAGAAGGCGGGCCGUGGCGUCCAAAGCACACGAGCGAGGCAGACCAAGGGAUCAGGAUGACCAUUUGCCGCGAGUUUCUCGAUCUCGAUCUCGAUCUCGUACGCGCAGCAUAGACAGCCGCAGGAUGUACUCACCGGGUAGCAGGCGCAGCAUUGCCGAUGGCGAUGAUGAUCAUCUUCGAGACUCAGAGCGGCGCCGCAGACGCAGGCAAGGGUACGAAGACAAUUACGAAAGGCGGAGACCAUCCAGUAGAAGGGAUGCAGAACGACACUCGCGCUCCUCGCGCGAUGGUUCGCCUCGGAACAGCGAACGCGAACGCUACGACUCUCGCGGAUCUCGCGACGACAGGCGGCACUACGAUGAAAAAAGCUUCUACGACCGUGAUCGCGGUCGUGACCGCCACUACGACCGUCAUGAGCGGGGAUUUGACAGAGGCUACGAUCGUCGCCCUCCGCCUCGCCCACGUUCGCCGUCUCCCCGCCCAGAGCCGGAUCAUGCUGACUAUGAAGAACGCUCUGUGUUCUGCUCUCAGCUGGCUGCCAGACUCACGCAAAGGGACCUUGGCGAGUUUUUCGAAGAGAAGCUGGGUGAGGGAAGUGUCGUUGAUGUCAGAAUCGUCAUGGAUAAGGUGACAAGGCGAAGCAAAGGAGUCGGGUACGUCGAACUUGCCGAUCGCCAACUUCUUCCCAGAGCUCUUGGCUUGUCUGGCGAGAAUCUUUUUGGCAUUCCUAUCCUCAUUCAGUUGACAGAUGCUGCUCGCAAUCGGAGUCAAAAUACCGACAUGCAAUACCGGCCAAACUUGGUCAACGCUGUCGAAACUGCUGUCGGCGCUGCCGCUGGCGCUACCUCGUACAAUCCUCUCAAUCUCUCGAGCACAGCAAGAGCUGUAAAUGCCAACACAGCCGCCAGACUGUACGUUGGGAGCCUGCAUUUUGAUCUGACCAGUGAAAACGUGAAAGAGGUCUUUGAGCCCUUUGGCGAGAUCGAGUACGUUGACUUGCACCGCGAGCCAGGUUCAGGAAAGAGCAAAGGCUUUUGCUUCGUCCAGUACAAAGAGCCAGCUGCUGCCGAGCAAGCUUUGGCGCAUAUGGAUGGCAUCGAGCUUUACGGAAGGGCUAUCAAGGUCGGGCACGUCAAUGCUCGCGGUAAUGGCGCACGUGCGGGGACAGACUCAGGCGCAGCAGCAUCCACAGGCGCCAACCAGACUGCACUCGGAGGGCCCCCCGACGGAGGCCAACAGCCGACUGCCCUGUCCGCUUUCGAUGAAGGCGGUGGAGGCGGCUUGAACCCGAUGACUCGUGCUGCUCUAAUGGAAAAGCUGAUGCGCACCGAAUCUGCACCCGCCAGCCGGACGCCUCCAGCAGAACAGCAACGGCCUACGAACAUUCCACAGGCAACCAGCAAGACGGUCUUGCUCCAAAAUAUGUUCGAUCCUGCAGAGGAGGUUGAGCGCGACUGGGACACGGAUCUAGCAAAUGACGUGAAGGAAGAAUGCGAGGCCAAGUAUGGCGGCGUCGAGCGGAUCCACGUCGAGCGUGAAAGCGCUGGUGACAUUUAUGUCAAGUUCGUUGACGUCUCUGUCGCUGCCAAGGCCAUACAGGGCCUUAAUGGGCGCUUCUUUGGCGGAAGAAGCAUCAAGGCUCAUUACAUUGCCGAAGCCAUAUUCAAUGCCAAGCUUGGGUGAAGUGCCGUCCCUUGCCUCAUAAGCGAAAAGUCGCGUCGGAUUUUGCGCGUUUGGUGCCUAUCAUGACAGCUCUUUGCUGCUCAGUUACAGACUCUACCUCGCAAGCCGCGCAACAUUUUUUUGUAUCGCUUUCAGCUUUCCGUCCGCAUUUUGCAGAUUCUGCUCGAUCAACGUGGACACAUAACAGAAAGCACAAAUCUUUGGUUGGUGCACUGGAUCACGAGCCCGAAGACCCUGGCAUGGGCUCUCCCCGCUCAUGCUCUUUUGACCCAUCCGUUUGUUUGCGCCUUCACUUCUUGCAGCGCUUGCAGACGGUAAGUGUUUCGCGUUUCCCGCACUUGUACUUCUUAAAAGGCCGAAUGCAAUGACAUUCAGAGAAUCGAAUUAUACA